UGUCCCUGGGAUUGGAACGGCUGUCACAUUCCCUGGCACUGCCUGCCCUACUGAGAAAACUGGGCACCGACAGGCAUUGUCUAGAGAAGGGACCAGCCGAGCUCCUUCCUAGCCCUUCCUGUCCACCGCAGGUCUGGUCCAUGGCUCUGGGCUCCAGCCUCCCCGCCUCUCCCGCUGUGUGCAGACAGAGAGCCCGCGAGGCGCCUGAGGGCAGGGGCCAGGGGUGUGCAGUGCCUGGCACAUUGCUCCUGCUGCUCGCCUACCUGACUUACCUGGCCCUGGGCACCGUCGUGUUCUGGCUUCUGGAGAGCCCCGUGGCCCAUGACUCCAGCAGGAGAUUCUGGCGCGACAAGUGGGCACUGCUGCAGAACUUCACGUGUCUGGAUGGCCCGGCGCUGGACUCGCUGAUCCGGGGCAUUGUCGAAGCCUACCAAAAUGGGGACAUCGUCCUUGGCAACACCACCAGCAUGGGGCGCUGGGAGAUUGUGGGUUCCUUCUUCUUCUCCGUGUCCACCAUCACCACCAUUGGCUACGGCAACCUGAGCCCCCGCACGAUGGCCGCCCGCCUCUUCUGCAUCAGCUUUGCACUGGUGGGGAUCCCGCUCAACCUCGUGGUGCUCAACCGACUGGGGCAUCUCAUGCAGCAGGGGGUGCACCGCUGUGCCCGCAGGCUGGGGGGCGUCUGGAAGGACCCAGCCAAGGCCCGAUGGCUGGCAGGCUCCAUCACCCUCCUGUCUGGCCUCCUGCUCUUCCUGCUGCUGCCCCCGCUGCUCUUCGCCCACGUGGAGGGCUGGAGCUACCUGGAAGGCUUCUACUUCGCCUUUAUCACCCUCAGCACCGUGGGCUUCGGCGACUACGUGAUUGGGAUGGACCCCUCACGGAAUUACCCACUGUGGUACAAGAACACAGUGUCUCUGUGGAUCCUCUUUGGGAUGGCGUGGCUGGCCUUGAUCAUCAAACUGAUGCUCUCCCUGCUGGAGGCCCCACGAGGAUCGUAUUCCUGCUACCGCCACAGCUCCAAGGGGAACUUCAAGGCCCAAAGCUGGAGGCAGAGCCCUGAUGGGGAGACAGAGCCCCACUCCACGCAGCCAGGCUGCUGUCCAGAGGGGCCUAUCAUCAUGCAGCAUCCAGAACCCUCUACACAGGUCUCAGGCUGCGGAAAGGAGAGCUAGUUAUAUUCCAGUAUUUGUUCCACCUUCUUCCCCAGCAAUAAGAUCCCUGAUUUUAAGUUUGUCAUUUGACCACCCAGACUAAAGUCUACAUCAUCUGUCUUCCCUUGAAGCUAGGUGCAGCUACAUGUUUAAAUUUCACCCAACAGGAUACACAGAGAAGUAUUCUGUGUGACUUUCAAUGUGUGAGGAUAGCUCCUCUUUAUCACUUUCAUCUUCCAGCUGGCUGCAAUGCUGAUUGGUGGCUGGCGCUCUGGCAGCCAUACUGCACCAUGAGGUAGAGACCAUGCUUGAAACUGGUGACACAAUUAGAUGGAAAGUCUGGAUUGCUGAUGUUUUGCCGCCAUAACAAACUUGGACUGAAUAUCACCCAAUUUCAUUUUUAUAAGAGAGAAAUAAAUAUCAGUCUUAUUUAAAACACUA